GCAAAGUUCAGUUUCAUCUCCCCAACCCAUCUAACUAUAUAUAUGCAUGAUAUAGUUGUAGUCUCCCAGCCCAUUAGACUAAAAGGCUGUUAUUUUCUUGAUUAUUUUGCCGGAAAAUUCUCUCAACCUCGGUCCUUAAAAUUCCUUAUUUUCCCACUAAUUUCAAAACACAAAACGUAAAAAGACUAAUUCAAGAAAGUUCACAUACCAUAAUCCUAAAAUCCCUCACUAUCAAUCCUCUUCCUUUCCUUGCAACAAAAAUCCAACCUGAGUCCUCUCUUUUUCCACAUUUUUUUCUCUAACAAAUCUCUCUCUUUCUAUACAUGUCUAAUUUCUUUCUCUAGUCAUCUCUCUCUUCAGAGACCACCCUUCAACUUUAUUUCCCUCCUUAAGCGGCUACCACGCCACCGCCACCGCCACCACCUCUUCUUUGUCUCUCUCUUCCCGUAGUACCACAAAUGGGCAAUUGUUGCUCUCGUGGGGAAUCCGGGGAUGCUCCAGAAAAUGAAAAGGGAGAUCAAAGUAAUAAUCCAGGCAGUGCUCCCAAUGAAAACACCACCACCCCACCAGCUAAAAAUGCUCCUCCUUCUGCUUCUUCGGGCAAAGCUGCUCCUAUUGGACCUGUCUUAGGCCGGCCAAUGGAGGACAUAAAAUCAGUUUACACCAUUGGUAAAGAACUUGGUAGGGGUCAGUUUGGUGUCACCCAUUUGUGUACCAAUAAGAGCACAGGCGAGCAAUUUGCAUGCAAGACAAUAGCCAAAAGGAAGCUUGUGAAUAAGGAAGAUGUGGAGGAUGUUAAGAGGGAGGUUCAGAUCAUGCACCAUCUAACUGGUCAGCCUAAUGUUGUUGAACUCAAGGGAGCAUAUGAGGAUAAACAUUCUGUUCAUUUGGUGAUGGAGUUGUGCGCCGGUGGAGAGCUUUUCGAUCGAAUCAUUGCUAAGGGUCAUUACACCGAACGUGCUGCUGCUUCUUUGCUCAGGACUAUUGUUCAAAUUGUUCAUACUUGCCAUUCUAUGGGUGUCAUCCACAGAGACCUCAAGCCUGAGAAUUUCCUUCUGCUCAGUAAGGACGAGAACGCCCCCCUCAAGGCUACAGAUUUUGGGCUCUCCGUCUUCUACAAGCCAGGAGAGGUAUUCAAGGACAUUGUUGGCAGUGCAUAUUACAUAGCCCCUGAAGUGUUGAAGAGGAAAUAUGGACCAGAAGCUGACAUAUGGAGUGUUGGGGUCAUGUUAUAUAUUCUUCUUUGUGGUGUUCCACCAUUUUGGGCUGAAUCUGAACAUGGGAUCUUCAAUGCAAUUUUACGUAGCCAUAUUGAUUUUACAAGCGAUCCAUGGCCUUCAAUUUCACCUCAAGCUAAAGAUCUUGUUCGGAAAAUGCUAAAUUCAGACCCCAAACAGAGGUUGACAGCCAUCCAGGUUCUAAGUCAUCCAUGGAUCAAGGAGGAUGGAGAAGCUCCUGAUACUCCUCUUGACAAUGCAGUAUUGAGUAGGCUCAAGCAAUUCAAAGCAAUGAAUAACUUCAAGAAAGUUGCUCUAAGGGUUAUUGCUGGCUGUCUAUCAGAGGAAGAAAUUAUGGGAUUGAAGGAGAUGUUCAAGGGCAUGGACACUGACAACAGUGGUACCAUAACACUUGAAGAGCUGAAGCACGGACUUGCCACGCAAGGGACAAAGCUAUCAGAAUAUGAAGUGAAACAACUGAUGGAAGCUGCUGAUGCAGACGGUAAUGGAACCAUUGACUACGAUGAAUUCAUCACAGCAACAAUGCAUUUGAACAGAAUGGAUAGAGAAGAACAUCUUUACACAGCCUUCCAGCAUUUUGAUAAAGAUAACAGCGGGUAUAUCACCACUGAAGAGCUAGAGCAAGCUCUUCGCGAUUUCGGAAUGCAUGAUGGGAGGGACAUAAAGGAAAUAAUUUCUGAGGUUGACGCUGAUAAUGAUGGAAGAAUCAACUAUGAUGAAUUCGUGGCGAUGAUGAGAAAAGGAAAUCCAGAAGCAAAUCCAAAGAAAAGGCGUGAUGAUGUAAUUUUUUGAUUUGUAAUGGUGCAUUGGUGGCUGGGGUAAAACAGAGAUGAUUACUACAUUGGUGAGCUUGGCAUUUCAAGUAGGUGGAGAAAAGGUUUAAUAGAGAACGCACAUAUAUUAGAGGCCUGGAUGAAAAAGGUUGGAGAAAUUGUGUGUUGAAGGGAGGGGAUUUGGGGGAGAUAUGCAUAAAACAAAAAACAAUUGGUGGGCUGCUAGUUCUCUCCCUCUGUGUAAACAAUGUAAUCAUUUCCAGAAGAGAACUAGUGCUUAGGAAUUUAAUGAUACUUCUUAUUGUAUGUAUGUAUUGUUAUCCAAUUUAGGAGUACACAUAAAGGAUUAUUGUUGCCGACUUGCUAACAUAAAAUUAUUAUUAAUUACCAUUGGUAAUACCAUUGAACGCUA